UCCAAAGAAAUAAUAAACACGUUGCUUUCAUUUCAUUUCAUUUCACACUUUCACCAUCACAAUUCACAAAUCCUCAACAACAACAACAAUGUCAAUCUCAGAUCCCAACCAUCUUUCUUUCACUCAAUCCUUCCUCUGCAGCGCCUUCGCCGCUUGUUUCGCCGAGUUUUGUACUAUUCCUCUUGACACAGCUAAAGUGAGACUUCAACUACAAAAGAAAGGAGGAAGUGUUGGAAUUGAUGAUGCUGGAAAUGGAAUUGGAAUUGCUUCGCCUAAAUACAAAGGUUUACUUGGAACGGUUAAAACUAUUGCUCGUGAAGAAGGGGUUUUUGCUUUAUGGAAAGGCAUUGUUCCUGGUUUGCAUCGUCAGUGUUUAUAUGGUGGUUUAAGAAUUGCCUUAUAUGAUCCUGUUAAAAUUUUUCUUGUUGGUACUGCAUUUGUUGGUGAAGUUCCUUUGUUUCAUAUGAUACUUGCUGCUCUUCUCACUGGUGCUUUGGCAAUCACUAUUGCUAAUCCUACUGACCUAGUUAAAGUUAGGCUUCAAGCUGAAGGCCAAUUGCCAUCUGGGGUACCAAAGCGUUAUUCUGGUGCGAUGGAUGCAUAUUCAACCAUAUUGAGACAAGAAGGGUUAGGGGCCUUGUGGACUGGACUUGGGCCUAAUAUAGCACGGAAUGCAAUUAUAAAUGCUGCUGAACUGGCUAGUUAUGAUCAAGUGAAACAGACGAUUUUGAAAAUUCCAGGAUUCACAGACAAUGCCUUUACUCACCUCCUAGCUGGCUCAGGAGCAGGUCUUUUCGCUGUCUUUAUUGGCUCUCCUGUUGAUGUGGUGAAAUCCAGGAUGAUGGGGGACUCAAGCUACAAAAACACAUUUGACUGCUUUCUUAAGACUUUGUUCAAUGAGGGAUUUUUUGCCUUCUACAAAGGCUUCCUUCCUAAUUUUGGUAGAGUAGGAGCCUGGAAUGUGGUUAUGUUUCUUACCCUUGAACAAGCCAAGAAUGUUUUUAGAGGAUAAAUACUGUUACUCUACAUGAUGAUUAGAUUCAGCAGGCAGAAAUGUGUUUCUUUCUAGAAUGAGUGCUAGCUAGCUACCCGACACUCUUAGAUUUGCUGAGGGAGAACGGUUUCAACAUUUGUUUCCUACUUCUGACACGCAGACUGAAGUCGCGCCUCAUAGUCAUAUAUUCUUCAUAACUGAAAAAACCGUCAGAUUACAUUUAUGUAUUUGUUUCCUAAGAGCAUUUGGUUAGUGGAUGUCACCAUUCGUAUAUUCUUAGCCAAUGAUUAUUCUGUCAAACUACAUUCACUUUAUAGGUGUACACUGUAUUGUAUUAUCAGAUACUAUCAUUUUUCUGGGAAAUGCAUUACUAAUUUCCCAAUUUAUUGAACAGACGGCCGAAAUGAAGCAUGUAUAAACACUAAUUAAGAGUUUGUAAUUUACUUCUCUA